CAUACAAGGCGUCGGCGUCUGCUUUGCUGUCGCUCGUAAGCCAUUUUUCUGCUUCUGCUUGUAUUUUGCGGUGUUCAUCGUUUGGGACAUUCUGUGAAUACUAUAUUCUUAUCUUAGUUUACACAUCAAGACAUUGGCAAGAUGGCAAAGGUGUUUGACUACGCAGAGGUUGCAAAGCACAACACGCCCGAGAGCUGCUGGGUGGUCCUCUACGGCGCCGUCUACGACGUAACCGACUUCCUGUCCGAGCACCCCGGCGGCUCCAAGAUCAUCCUCCAGCUCGCCGGCACCGACGCCACGGAAGAAUACGACCCCAUCCACCCGCCAGGCAUCCUCGAAGAGAACCUCAAGCCCGAAGCCAAGCUGGGCACAAUGAACGCAGACUCGCUGCCGAAGGAAGAGCAGACCCCCGUGCAGGCGGGCGAAGUGCAAGACGACGGGCCCGUGGACCUCGACAGCCUGCUGAACCUGCAGGACAUCGAGGAUGUAGCGACGAAGAACAUCAGCCACAAGGCGUGGGCGUACUACUUCUCCGCCAGCGACGACCUCUGGACAAAGCAGAACAACGGCGCCGCUUACCGCAACAUCCUGCUCCGCCCCCGCGUCUUCGUCGACUGCGUCCCCUGCGACACCUCGACCGCGCUCCUCGGCCACAAUGUAAACCUCCCCAUCUACGUCUCCCCCGCCGCCAUGGCGCGCCUCGCCCACCCCGACGGCGAAUGGGGAAUCGCCCAGGCCUGCGCCAAAUACGGCGCCCUGCAAAUCAUCUCGCAAAACGCGUCCAUGACGCCCGAGCAGAUCGUCGCCUCCGCCGGGCCGACCCAAAUCUUCGGCUGGCAACUCUACGUGCAGAACGAGCGGGCGAAAAGCGAAGCAAUGCUAUCCCGCAUCAACGCCCUCGACGCUGUCAAAUUCAUCACCUUGACCCUCGACGCCCCCGUCCCGGGGAAACGCGAACACGACGAGCGCAGCAAGAACGUCGGCUCCACACUCCCCGUCCGCGCAGCAGUCCACGACACAAACCUCAGCAAAACAUCUCCCGACCCCCAGCCCCCGAAGAAACAAAUGGGCCUCGGCCAAUCCCUCUUCUGGGGCACAGCCGCUGACCUAACAUGGCGCGCCACUCUCCCCUGGCUCGCGCUGCACACGAAAAAACCACUCGUGCUGAAGGGUAUUCAGACACACGAAGAUGCUUAUCUGGCUUCCCUGCAUGCUCCGCAGGUUAAGGCGAUUAUCCUGUCCAACCACGGCGGGAGAGCACUCGAUACCGCGCCUCCCGCGGUCCACACGCUGCUUGAGAUCAGGAAGUACUGCCCUGAAGUGUUCGAGCGCGUGGAGGUCUGGGUCGACGGCGGGAUUAAGCGCGGGACGGAUGUGGUGAAGGCGUUGUGUCUUGGGGCGAGGGGGGUGGGGGUUGGGCGUGCGGCGCUGUUUGGGCUCGGGGCGGGGGGGAAGGAGGGCGUGGGGAGGGUGCUGGAGAUUCUCAAAGCCGAGACGGAGACGUGCAUGCGGCUCCUGGGCGUUGAGCGCGUGGAUCAGCUCGGUAUGCAGUAUAUCAACACAAGGGCUGUCGAGCGCGAUAUUUAUGAUGGGCCGGCGCUGGAGAGGGGUCUUGUAAGGGCGAAACUGUAGGUUCUGGUAUUCAAGAUGGGGAGUUUGUGUGCUUUCUUGAUGGCGCGGCGCAGAUAUGUGGACUUUUUCUGUGCUUGGGGCGGGUGGUGGUGUUGUUUUUAUGGGAUAUGCGUAGAGGGCUGGCGUAGAGGCGCACUGGCUGAUCUACUUCCAUCUUUACCACCACGUCGCUUUGCUUGAUCGGCCCAGAGAUAUACAAAGCCUGGUGCGAGUCUCAAAUGCUAGAAUCGCCGCGGAUGUGUUUGCAGGUCCCUCGACGCCGUUGAUCAAUCAGGGGCACAGGCACAGGCACGUAGUUCCCCCCCACACAACUGAGUGUUAUAUACGAAUACGAAUAGAUCAUAUCCAACGAGGU